GUUUGAUUUCGGAACAACACGGAUAAAUGUCACGAAUGACAUAUGCACGGAGUGACUGCAGUGCGUUGUUUGUUUUCUUAAAAUAAUUUCAAACGCUAAUUAUUCCUUUUAACUUUUAUUCCUGACUUUAAGUAUCAUUAACAUGAAUGAGCCGGAGAUAGUGGACGAACGGCCCGACCGAAUCAUAACAAAACGGCUCGUGAAACCGGGCGACUACAACGUCGUAGCGUAUGAAGACGCGCGCUGCAAGAUCCGUCUCAGCGACGUAACCUGCACCAACGCAGCUGGAGACUGCGAGAUAGAGCCCGAGAGCCGGGUCUUCAGUAAAAGCUUUGACGGGAUAGUUCUGAUCGGUGACUCGGACUCUUUCAUUGAUAAAGAUUUCGAGUUGAUUCUGCAGCGUAUGUGCCGCGGUGAAACGUGUACGGCUAAAAUAGUGUAUAAAGAUGCUAAAGGGGAGCUUGUGAAGGAGAUAAGUUGUAAGAUAGAAUUGUUGGAAGCUAUGGAUGAGAUGCUAGUGGCAGAUUGGAGUUGGGACCGGCUGUACGAGGCGGCGCUGCACCACAAGGCGCGUGGAGUCGAGCUGGUGAAGCACAAGAGGAUCGCUGACGCCUUCCGUCGCUUCAACAAGGCACUGAAGAUGCUUGUGGCCAUAGAGCCCAUUGAUCCGGAGAAGAUUGAUGAGGCUAGGGUUAAGGAAAUGGUUGAUACCAAGAUAAAACUGCUAAACAACCUCACACACUGCCAACUCCACUAUGAAGAGUACCAGGCUGCCUUUGACCUCUGCACCUGCACCCUCAAGUAUGACAAGGACAACAUCAAAGCUCUGUACCGCCGGGCCGUAGCUAAUUAUGGCCUGCAAAAGUAUGAGGAGGCUUGGCAGGACAUCCAGCAAGUUCUCAAACUGGACCCUAAUGACAAGGCGGCGCACCAGAAAGCCCUGCUGAUAGAACCCAAGAUGAGGACUUUAAAUAAAGAAUACAAAACAGUUAUUAAGAAAAUGUUUGGAUAAAAUAUUAAAUUUUUUACUGUAUUUAAUAUAUUUAUUUAUAUAAACUUCUACAUAAUCAAGAAUGACAACUAAAUUACCGUAACAUAAAUUUGGUUAGAUUUAUUUGCAGUCCUUUAUAAUUGGAGUCAAUUAUACUGAAUAUUUUUAUAUAGAAUUGUAUUCUAAGAACAAUUUAAAUGUUAUUAUGCUUGAGGGUUUUUCUUGUUGUUCACCAUGAGACAAAAAAAUAUAUGAAAAACUGAGUACAGUAAUUUUAUACAUGUAUCACUAAGCUCAUAAUUAAAACAAUAACUUUACUUUUUUGUAACUGCUAUUUUUAUUGAGAUAUUUAUUUUAUUUAAAUAUGUAAUUAACCAAAUGGAUGUUUACACUUCUAAGAUAUGUUGAAGACUUACUUAAGCAUUGUCUCAAGCUAACUUUUUUUGUAAGUUUCACAUCAAACAAAUUAUGUAGGUACCGAAUGAAAAAAUCAUAAGUUGUAGCCUACUGCCUCAUGCCUAUCAUCCAUAUGAUAUGUUACAUUUCGCGAAUUCAUUCAAUUAUAUUUACAUACCUUGCUCACGCGCAAUAAACUACAUGUUCGAACUAAAGUAAGGACGCUAAUUACGAGGAAUUUCGUACAUCGACCUGCAAUAAUUCAACUAACAACAACAUCCUUGUCUGACCAUCAGAACACAUUAUGUAUUUACAAUAAGGUUUACAAAUUGUCAGUUAAUUGUGUCAAAGAGAAUUAAGAAGACCAAGAGUGCUCACUUUUUUGGUUGGUUUUGUUACCAAAAAUACUAUUAUUUUCGUAAUCUACAUCUAGCGUCAAGUAGCGGAACUCUCAGUACUCGACAAUAGAUGUCGCGGCAAACAAAAAGUCUAAUACUCAACGAUUUUCAGAUAAUAUUACAUUAAAAUAUAUUUAUACAUACAUAAUCAAUAAAAAUCAUUACAAAAAAACUUAAAUAUUCACUACUAUUACAAGAAAAAAAAAAUAACAAGCAGCACUAUACAAACAUAAGGCACAUAAGGUUGAAAUAAGCUUAACAUUGUAUUAUUCAUAAAUAUAUACAAUUUUUUUUUUUUCAGCUAAUAUAACCAGAGUAAGUGUAGUAGUUGAAAAUUGAGUUCCGGUUACUCUAGUUAUAAUAUUAGCGGAAAAUCGUUGAGAAUUUGACUUUUUGUUUGCCGCGACAUCUAUUGUCAACUAGCAGUACUGAGAGUUCCGCUACUUGACGCUAGAUGUAGACUACGAAAAUAAUAGUAUUUUUGGUAACAAAACCUCAAAUAUAUCGACUAACAUACAUAUAAAUUAUCUAUUAUUAUACCGACUUGCCUGGUAAUUAGUUAAUUACAUACGCUAGACGUAUCCUCACUAUUCGUAAAUCUUUUUUCACUUUGUUGAGGGUUUAUAUAUAUUAUAAUUUGACCCCUACAUUCGUAACAACUUAGAGCAGCCGGAGAUCUAACUUAUGCUGGUUAUGCUUGAUACUCUGCUAGCUUGGAAUAACCGCUUGACUUGUCACGCAAGAGUAAUCUAAAUAACCAGUGUGACUAGCCAUAUGCCUAUUUCGUAAUAUUGGCCUUGGUUUUAUAUUAAAACACAUAGAAAAUAAUGAAAAACUACAGUACUCUUCGUUUGCAUCUUUCAGUCAUGAUUUCACUCCGUAUUCUAACAAUUACAACUUGAAGGACACGUUUCCGUAUUUUACCACUUGUGAUUUCGAUUAAAUACAUAACACUCA